CUGUAGGAUAGAUAAAUCAAAUUAAAUUUUAUUAAAUUAAUGACAUUUUCAAUAUUUUUGUUUUUAAUAGGGAUAUUAGGGUUUGUUCUUAAUAGAAAAAACAUUAUACUAAUGUUAAUAUCAAUAGAAAUUAUGUUAUUAUCAGUAACAUUUUUAAUAUUAAUAAGUUCACUUAGUUUUGAUGAUAUUCUUGGACAAACAUUUUCCGUUUAUAUUUUAACAAUAGCGGGUGCUGAAUCUGCGAUAGGUUUAGGUAUUUUAGUUGCAUAUUAUAGAUUAAGAGGUAGUAUAUCAAUACAGUAUAAAUAAUGUAUUUAACAUUGAUAAUUUUACCUUUAUUAGGUUCAAUCGUUUCAGGUUUUUUUGGAAGAAAAGUUGGAAUAAGUGGAGCACAUAUAAUAACAUGUGCUUCAGUAAUUACUACAACAAUUUUAGCUAUUAUAGCUUUUUUUGAAGUAGGAUUUAAUAACAUACCUGUAACAAUAAAUGUUGCAAGGUGAGUAGAUGUAGAAUCACUUUAUGUUUUAUGAAACUUUAGAUUUGAUUCAUUAACAGUUUCUAUGUUAAUACCAGUAUUAAUAGUAUCUAGUUUAGUACAUAUAUACUCAAUAAGUUAUAUGAGUCAUGAUCCACACAACCAAAGAUUCUUUAGUUAUUUAAGUUUAUUCACAUUUAUGAUGAUUAUACUUGUUACAGGUAAUAACUAUUUAAUAAUGUUUGUAGGUUGAGAAGGUGUAGGUGUUUGUUCAUAUUUAUUAGUAAAUUUCUGAUUUACUAGAAUAGCUGCAAACCAAAGCUCUAUAUCAGCUUUAUUAACAAAUAGAGUGGGUGAUUGUUUAUUAACUGUAGGUAUGUUUGCUAUUUUAUGAUCUUUUGGUAAUAUAGAUUAUAGUACAGUAUUUGCAUUAGCUCCUUAUUAUAAUGAAAAUAUUAUAACUUUAAUAGGUAUCUGUCUAUUAAUAGGUGCUACAGCUAAAAGUUCACAAGUAGGUUUACAUAUUUGAUUACCUCAAGCCAUGGAAGGUCCUACACCAGUAUCUGCUUUAAUACACGCAGCUACUAUGGUUACAGCUGGAGUUUAUUUAUUAAUGAGAUCAUCUCCAUUAAUAGAAUAUAGUUCAACUGUGUUAGUAUUAUGUUUAUGAUUAGGUGCUAUAACAACAGUAUUUAGUUCUUUAAUAGGAUUAUUCCAACAAGAUAUUAAAAAAGUUAUUGCUUAUUCUACUAUGAGUCAAUUAGGUAUGAUGGUAAUAGCUAUAGGUUUAUCUAGUUAUAAUUUAGCAUUAUUCCACUUAGUAAAUCACGCUUUCUAUAAAGCAUUAUUAUUCUUAGGAGCUGGUUCAGUAAUACACGCAGUAGCUGAUAAUCAAGAUUUUAGAAAAUAUGGUGGUUUAAGAGAAUUCUUACCAUUAACAUAUUCAGUUAUGUUAAUAGCUUCAUUAAGUUUAGUAGCUGUACCUUUCAUGACAGGAUUCUAUUCUAAAGAUUUUAUCCUUGAAUCUUCUUAUGGUCAAUUCUAUCUAUCAGGUACUAUAGUUUACUUUGUGGCUACUAUAGGUGCAAUGUUUACUACAUUAUAUUCAGCUAAAGUAUUAUAUUUAACAUUCUUAGCUAAUCCUAAUGGUCCAUUAUCUAGUUACAAACAUGCGCAUGAGGGUGAUUUAUUCUUAACUAUACCAUUAAUAGUUUUAUCUAUUUUCUCUAUAUUCUUUGGUUAUAUUACUAAAGAUAUCUUUAUAGGUUUAGGUACAGGUUUCUUUGUAGAUAAUAGUUUAUUUAUUCACCCUAAUCAUGAAAUUAUGUUAGAUACUGAAUUCGCAGUACCUACAUUCUUUAAAUUAUUACCUUUUGUAUUUACAGUAUCAUUAAGUAUAAUAUCAGUAUUAUUAUCUGAAUUCUUACCAAAAUUACUUAUAAACUUUAAAUACUCAAAAUUAGGUUAUAACAUAUUUAGUUUCUUUAACCAAAGAUUCUAUAUAGAAUUAUUUUAUAAUAAAUAUAUAGUUGAAGGAGUACUAAAAUUAGGUGGUCAAACAACUCAGAGUCUUGAUAAAGGUUCUGUAGAGUUAUUAGGUCCAUAUGGUUUAGAAAAAGGAUUAUUAUCUUUAAGUAAUAACUUAGGAAAAUUAAGUACUGGAACUAUAACUACUUAUGCAUUAUAUAUCUUAAUAGGAUUAAUAUUCUAUAUAACAUUGUUAUACUUCUCAUAUAGUGAUAAUAAUUUAUUAAUAUUAGUAAUAUUUGCAUUAUUUGUAUUAUUAAAUAAAAACUUAUCAUAUAAUAAAUAAUAUUACUAUAAUAUUAUUUGUUUGUUUAAUUUAAAUUUAUCUUUUUAUUGAAUAUGCUUUUAUCUUCAAUAUUCUGUUUAUUAUUAUCUAAUGCUUUGUCAUUUAGACGUGAUACAGCUAUUCUUUAUUCAAGAGUAGGAAUAAUUAUCUUAUUUUAUUGUAUCUUUUUAUCUUAUAAUAAUUUAUUUAUAACAUAUUUAGAUAA